UAAGUAAACUACACUGUGCUGCAGCAGAUGGGUGUUGGGAGGCUACACUAUUAGACACUAUGGCCUUUCUAAUUGCUUUGGUCCUAUCUCUAAUGGCCUUAGCAGCAGCUGAGGACGAUCACUACCUACCACCUCUUCAUUACCAUCAUUUAAUUCCAAUUCCUAAACAUUUGCAUAAGUUUCUUCCUCCACCAUUUAUGUUUCCUCUUCCUCACUAUCAUCUUCACUCACUUCCACCUCCAUUCCUUUCACCUCCUCCUCCUUACCAUUACAAUCAUCUCCCACCUUUAUCCCAUCCUCUUCAUCCAUACCAUUCUAAGUCUCCACCUCCUCCUCACCAUUACAGUUUUCUUCCACCUCCUUUGUCUCAUCCACUUCUUCCACACCACUACAAGUCUCCACCUCCACCAUCCCCCUCAUCUCCUCUAUCAUAUCAUAAUAAAUCUCCACCAUAUUACAAGUACCCUCCACCACCAUCCCCAUUUCCACCACCUCCUUAUCACUACGAAUCGCCAUAUCCACCAUCUCUUUCACCUCCUCUACCAUACUAUUAUAAAUCUCCACCACCCCCUUCUCCAUCUCCUCCUCCACCAUCCCCAUUCUCACAUCCCACAUACCAUUACGAAUCUCCACCACCAUCCCCAUCCUCACCUCUCACAUACCAUUGCAAAUCCCCACCACCACCAUACUCAUCUCUUCCUCCUCCUUACCACUAUAUAACACCUCCACCACCUUCACCAUCCCCUCCUCCUCCAUAUUACCAUAAAUCUCCACCACCACCUUCUCCAUCCCCUCCUCCUCCAUAUUAUCAUAUAUCUCCACCACCACCUUCUCCAUCCCCUCCUCCAUGCUAAUACAAAAUUUCCACCUCCACCAUCAUUAUUAAAACUCACCACCACCACCACCUUCCCUCUCUCCAUCUCAUUUCAUUUAUAAUUCUGUAAGUUCCCUAUGUCACCAUCUCCAUCAUAACUACCACCAUACUAUUGAGAAUUCCUGCCACCUCCCUCUACCAAAUAUCCAUACUAUUACAAGCCUUCACCGUUCAAAUACUAAUAACGUUUUAGCAGUUUUCAUAUGAGAAUUGUGGUAGAAGUUUAUAUACCCCCAUACAUCCAUAUAUUGUAUUUUCAAUUUAAUGGAGUUUUUAGUUGGCAUUCACAAGAAUAUGUUCUAAAAGCUACUAAUCUGCAUUAUUGUUAUUGCAAUAGCGGCUGACAUCUAUCCAUUUUGAAUUGCAAGAGUUUGUUUUGAAAUUAGCAGGAUCAUUCAAGAUGUACCUAAUUGGAAUUCAAAUAAAUACUCUAUUUAAAUAUUAA